ACAGUUAAAGAAGAUGGUGGCUCAUCUUUAAAUCAAGAACUCACAGUUCAUUUGAUACCUUCCAGCAGUUAUUCACACACAUCUGAUGGUGUUAAUCCAAGCACAAAUACAGAUGAUUUCGAUCAGAUUACAAGUACGCAAGUGUCCAUAGAUUCACAAGGCAGCCUCUGGUUACCAAGCAGUCAAGAUACAUAUGAAGAAGAGGAGGGAGGUGAUCAUCCAGAAAAACGUGAAUAACAAGAGGAAAGCUCUGGACACUUUUCUGAAAAGUUGUGGUCUAAGUCCAGUGAAAAAGCAACUCAGAGCAGAUUGGAAUGAAGCAUCUGACCGUACAAAAAGUGAUUAUAUAUCAUCAGCUAAAUCAAUUUUUCAAGAGGUUGUGAAUGUCCUUGCACCAGGUCAAGGCUCUUUUCUGCUGGAUGCUUUAUUGAAAACUGAUUCAGAUUCUCCUGACAACAACAUGCUGCAAUUUCUUUCAAAUGCCUAUAACCUUUCUGCUGACUGGGGAACACAGAGACAAAUUUUGUCAUUAUUUGCUCAUGCCUAUACUUACAAUCAGUUGAUUACCUUCAUUCCAACCCUUACCAAAUACAGAUAUACAACAGCAAGAAAACAUGCCAUUACAAGAGGUGUUGGACAACAGGUGCAAAGUCCAUCAUAUACUAGGGAAGGUUUGUCUGAUCACCAGGUCAAACAUUUUAUAGAUUUCGUCAUGUCCCCCUGUAUCAUGACAGAUUCUCCAUUUUUGGAAACAAAAUUAAAAAUUUCAAGUGGAGAAGUCUUUCAAGUUCCACAAAUUAUUUUAAAUAGUGUAAGAGCCCGUGUAGUGGAGCAGUACAGGAGUUUCUCCUUAGAGUCUGGAGUAGAAAAUGUUGCCAGUGACAGGUCAUAUAUGAGAGUACUAGAGGCCAUUGAGCCAAGAGUAAGGAAAAGCAUGAAAGGGCUAGAUAACUAUGCUGCAGAUGGAGCAAGAGCUGUUGAUGACCUAAAGAAAAUUGUUACUGAGUUGGGGAAGCUAUUGAAGGGAGUGGAGUGGGAAGAUGACAUAAUUCAGAAAUUGUCAAAUGGGAAAAAAGUCUUAAACUUGAUUAUAAGAUACAACGUGCUGCAGAUGAAGCACAGUUUUGAGGAUGAAGACCAACGAGACGACAUCCAGUACACAUUGGCACAGAGUGUAAAAGCUUCAGAAGAAUGGAAAAAACAUAUACUACGAUCAGUCAACCAAGAUAGAGCAAGAUCUGACAUAUUGGAAAGCAUAGGUGAAGAUCAAGUACUACUGGAAAGAGAUUGGGCCAUGAAAUUCUUACCGAUGAUGUAUAGAGAAUCUCAGUCAAAAUGGUAUGGAAAAAGAGGUCUAAACUGGCAAUUAACUGUGGGAACUUUCAAUGUCAACAAUGAUCUUCAUAGUCACACGAUUGUCCAUGUCUUCAAUAAUGCGAAUCAAGAUGCCACUACAUCAAAUGCCAUUUUAAAAGAUUCCAUGGAAAGACUAAAAGAGAAAAAUUCAAAGCUGAGGGAAGUAUUUAUCAGAUCAGAUAAUGCAGGAUGUUUUCAUGGUGUAGAGGGAAUAUUUGGCAUUCCCUUUUUGAACAGAACAAGUGAAUUAAAGGUUGUGCAAGUGGACUUCGCUGAUCCACAGGGAGGCAAAAGUAUUUGUGAUCGUAGAGCUGCGCAUAUUAAAGGAUCCAUCCGAAAAUAUGUUAACGAAGGAAAUAAUGUCACAUCUGCAAGAGAGUUCCUUGAUACUGUCAUGAAUUCCAACAUCAAAAAUGUUGAAGUGGUUUAUGCAUUGCCCCCAAGUCCUGGUGCUGAGAAAAAGUCAUUAAAAAUAAAGGAUGUCUCACUGCUGAACAACUUCAGGUAUGGCCAGAGUCAUGUAACAUGCCACAGGCAAUACAAUAUCGGCACUGAUGUGGAUUUUCCAAAUGAGGACCUGGUUUUAUACAACAUCUUCCCGUCUAUUGAGACCAUGACUUCCUGUUCCACAAGUGUUUUUGUGAAAUCUACUGAACCAGUUCAAUCAGUUACUUCUGAUCAUGCCCAGCCAAUACCUGUCUAUGCAGAAAAUACACAAACCAGUGUGGAAUGUGCAGAGGAAUGUAAUGAGAGUUCCUUGAUUUUCACCUGUCCUGAACCCAAUUGUCUCAUGUCCUUCCAAAAAUAUGGAUAUUUGAGCAAACAUGUAGACAGAGGAAAUCAUAAAACAAGGACUGAUGUUAAUUCUCUUUCUGAUAAGGCAAAAAAGGAGUAUGUGGAUCAAAUUGAUGUAAAGAAAUCAACAUUGCUUCAAAGACCAGCAACCACCCUACCAUCGGAUAAUGUAAUAUUACAGAGAGGAUGGGCCUUGAAAUCCAAACGAAGAGUCAAAAGAUUUUCAAGGGAACAAAUCCAUUUCCUGAGGGAAAUGUUUGAGAAAGGUGAAGUGACUGGACAUAAGUGUGACGUGGAAGAGGUGUCUGUUAAAAUGAGAACAGUCAAGGAUAAUGAUGGCAAAAGAAAAUUCAGUCAGCAAGAAUUCUUGUCAUCAGCUCAAAUUGUGAGCUACUUCAGUCGACUCUCCUUAGAGAAGAGAAAGAUUUCACUCAGUUCAUAUGAAGAAGAAGACCUUAAAGCGGAAGACUUUGAAAAUGAUGCCAUGGAUAUAAGAAAUCUUGCAACCAACACUGCAAAAUGA